CCUAAACAUACUGAAAGAUAACACAUUUUUAAUUAUAACAUUUAUUUUAGGACUCAACAUUUUAACAAAAGCGUUUAUCUAGAUGUUACUGUACUUAAAAACACGUUUAGCUAUCCAAUCCCAAAUUGAGUAAAAUAAUGAGUUCAAUAAGUUUUUCAAGGGACUGGGUGUAGUCAUGACCAUGUGACAAGUAAUCUUAUCAAGUUUUAGCGAAAAAAAUAAACUUUAUAAAAUCUCAUCAAUGCAGUGGUGUAUUAAAGCAAGUUAUUAUUUUUAAACAUUGAAAUUAAUGUAGGCCCCUAUAUGAGUAGUUUUAAACAUGCAAAAUGAACUUAUAAAAGUAACCUUUGUUUUAAAAGUUUGAGCCUUGCUAGAGUUAUCCAGUUAUGAACUAAUUUCAUUUCUAAUUGCUGUAAAACAUAAUUUUAGUAUGAGAAUUAAUCAUAUUACUUACUUUAAGUUAUAUUAUGUAAUGCAUUAAUUUUAAUUUAAAACUUAACACUAACACUACUGAAAUAUUUUUUAUGAACGUGAUUUUAAAAAAAAAUUUGCAUAAAGCGAAUAAUAUUACACUAUUAAUUUUGUUAUUUUUAGGAUAUUGGAACGGAAAAAAAAAUCCUUAAAGAUGCAACUCUUCAUCAAAAUUGUGUACUGCUGUAUUGGACUUCUCAGUUUUAAUACUGUGCACUUGGCACAUUCACUUGUUGGUAGCUUUCCAUGUGGAGAAAACUGCACGUGCACAAAUAAUUCUUUGUACCAAACAAUUGCUCAGUGUUCAAAUAUAAAGGCUAUUCCACUAGAUCUUCCAAGGAACAUAAGUGAGCUUGAUCUUUCUUGGAAUCAAAUAACUUUUCAAAAUGUCACUGGCCAGGAUAUGUGCAAAAUAUAUACAAAUAUGAGCCAAGUAUCUUUUGCAUGGAAUGGAAUUACGGAAAUGUCCCCAAUAUUUUCAGGUGGGCUCAAUUAUACAUAUCUAAGUUUAAGUUUAAGCAUCAAACAGAGUACAUAAAAUACUCUUUAAUUUCAGGUUAGUUUUAUUACUGUUAUUUGAUGGUAAGCCUAUAUUAUAACUUUUUUUAGUCUUAUGUAUUAUUUUUCAUGUAAGAGAGGGUAUUUCAUUACACCAGCAUGCUACUACUGGGUAAACCAUUUUAGACAAUGUCAAGAAUUUCAAAUAAAUAAACCAUUUUAUUAUUUUUUGCAUAGAAAAUAGUUAAUUCUUCAAUGAUUUUUCAAUUCUUUAACUAACAAAUAGGCCUAUACAUAUAUAUAUAAACAAAUUUAAUAUAUUUAAUAAGUUAACAGAAAGUAAUUGUUUUCACUCUAUUAGGUUGUUGGAAACUUGUUGCAUUGGAUCUAACUGGAAAUAAAUUAAAAUCACUGAGCUCAAAAACCCUCCAAGGGCUGGAUAAAAUUAAAAUGAUUAUUGGACUUGAAGUAGAGAAGCUACAAUCUGAUACUUUCAAGGGUUUUUUUAAUCUUGAAAUUCUCAAUCUCACCUUUUAUGGUAUAACAAUGCAGCCAAAUGUCUUCACUUAUUUAAGUGGGCUGAAGAGGCUACAUCUCUCUCUUGAGAAGAUGAUGAUCCCAAAUGAGGAAAUUUUCCAUUUUGAUAAUGGUAAUUCACUGAAAAUCUUGAAACUGAUUUUACCAAGAGUAAGUACUCAGGAAAAGUAUCUGCUUCAAUUUUUAAAAAGUUAAAAGUAAUAUGAAAAUUCUUACUGAGCAUAGAUUCAAUUUUAUUUGAAUUAUAAAUUACAUCAGGUUUGAAAAAAGUUAGGUUUUAAAUAUUCUUUUUAUCAGGUUUUAAAUAUUAUUCCUAUCUAUAUGUGAUCUAAAGGUGAAAGACAUGCCAGCCAGACUUCUAAAUGAACUUAAAGCCCUAGAAUUUCUGAGUUUGGAUGCCCCUAGUUUAUCAGAGUUUAAGUUGAGUAAUGAUAGCAAGCUUAUAAACCUUAAGGUAAGCCUACUUUUCAAACUAAAUACACAAAGGCCUAUGUUAUCUUUCAUAUUCUCAUAGCUAAAUGGGGCUUAGAAUUUUAAAAAAAAAACCUGUGCCAGUGAAUUUUAUUUGUCUUGACUGAAUAAACCAGAUACUGAUUUUAAAUAUAAAUAUAUAGUGAUGUUAAUUUUUUGUUUUGUUUUGCAAGCUGAUCUUGGUUUUUAUUGGUUUUUCACAGUAUGUAGUUCAAUUCUCGUUUUAGGGGCCAUAUUUAACAGCAUUCUACUCAAGCGAAUUUCUUUCACAAAUUGGCCCUAUCUGCUUUCAUUGUUUGUGAGAGAAAUUCUUGUUUUGUGUUGUUUAUAAAAAUAUGAACUUUGCACUAUAUUCUAUGAUGGAUUCUGAUUUAGAAAAGGAAUAGAAAUUAUUAAGUCAUUGAAAUUACAGAGCAUUGAAGACUGGACAUUUUUAUAAAUCAAAAAUGGAUUUUUGCAACUGUAACUUCAGAUUUUUAGUUAUUCUUUUUGUGUUGCAAUUAAUAACAUUUGCUACUAACUACAAUGUUUUAUACUUUUGAAUAGAAAAAUAAAAUAAAAUUAGAUGACUGUUUUUUAAAAACUGACAACCUAUAUUUAUUUGCAAAACAGAUAUCUGAUAUCCCAUUAUUAUUUAAUUUUGUUAGAUUUAAUUUUUAAACAGCUUACAAAUGUUCUGUGCAGGACCUAGAAAUCCUUAGAGUGAGUAAACUAGAUCCUGACCUUCUAGAAGAGCUAGAAUUCUUGGAGAUACUGAAACUGCGUGAGAUCAGCCAAGUGGCUGAACUAAACUUAUACAACGUGCCCUUGCUUAAGGUGAGCUUCUGAAAAUUCUGAUUAAACUAAAAGCUUGUAAAAGGCUAAAUAAAACACAAUUCAAGCUUAACUAUAAGUGAACUUUUGAUUAGACAUUUUAUUUAGAUUUCUGGAUUAACCAAAGUGUUUGAUAGGAAUAUUUCAAUGGAAUAUUAUUUUGACAUCAUAUUGAUGUUUUGACAGGAACUGGAAGUUGUUCACUGCAGUUUACUUAGAAUCCCAAGUCAAUGGUUAUCUAAUGCUACUGCCUUGGAGACUCUUAACCUAAGUGAUGAUGAGUUAACAGUAAUAGAUCCAAAGGAUUUCAGUAAUCUCAAGUCACUAAGACAUUUGGUUUUGUCAAACAACAAGGUAAUUAAUUUUAUUUUGAUUGAAGCUAAAAAUUUAAUGUACCUCUGUGAUUUUUGUUUUGAAGAUUGAUUUGAAAACUUUAUAUCAUUUAAAAUGCCCCUGAUGAUGAACCACUCAUCUGCAUUCUGUAAUUUUGAAACAAUUUCAAAAAUAUUUUUUGAAAACAUUAUUUUAUUACAUACCAGUAUUUGAAAACCCCAUAUAAUUUUGUUUGCAGGAUAUAGUAAUAAGUGGUUUUACUAUACUGGUAUGUAAUAAACCAAUGCAGAUGAUUGUGGGUUAUUCUAACAUCAACAAACUGCCUACAUUUUUAAUAUCUUUUUUUCCAAGUUGAGCAAGCUACCAAGUUUUUUCCUAGAACCAGUCAAAGACAGUUUGCAACAACUCAUCAUAAGACACAAUCAAUUGAAAACUCUGGAACAUGAUGCAAUUUCUAAUCUGAGUUUAGUCGAGGUGAUUGAUUUUAGUUUUAACCACAUUGAGACUAUUGAGGAUGGUAACUUCCUGCAUCUACCACAGCUGAAGAUACUCAACUUAAAAAAUAACUAUAUUUCGGCCCUAAAACCCACAAUGUUCAUCACAUCCCCCUUGUUAGUUGAACUCAACUUGGCUGAUAACUAUUUUUGCCAUUUUCCAAUGGAGGUCAUAGGCACAGGUGUAAUAGAACUAAAUCUGUCGGUCAACAGAAUUAACACUGUACCCGGGAAAAAGCUUUGUGGCACAAAAACACUGAGGACCUUGCUGCUUGAUGAUAACCCGAUCAGUUGUGAUUGCUCUCUUAAAGAGUUGCUCAUUUGUGAACUUCAUAUUGAGAUUAAGGGCAUAUGCAGUGAACCUCAAUCUUACGCUGGUAUUGAUAUUGGUGAAUUUACAGGUUGCUCUUCUGUGACCAAGACAAUAUUUUCAACUUCCACCGAAAUUCUUGAGACAACACCUCCUACAACUAUAGAACAGUCAAAAGAAGUCAAUAAGAAACCUAUCUUAGUUUUGAAAGGUGAUCAGUCAGAAAUUGUGAGACCCAUCAUUUGGGGUCAGAAAUUAUUAACUAAUUUUGAUGAUGCUCAAAAUGUUAAAAACCAAAAAGAUAAGAGCAUUGAACAAGCUAAUCUAAAUAAUCAAGUCCAUAUGCAAACUCAUGCAAAGGAAGGAAAUGAAUCAGAUCCUACAAAGGGACCUGGAUCUCAUGAAGAACAGGGCAUUAAUUCUGAGAAGAAACAAAAUGAAUCAGAUGCUACAAAGGGACCUGGAUCUCAUGAAGAACAGGGCAUUAAUUCUGAGAAGAAACAAAAUGAAUCAGAUGCUACAAAGGGCCUUGGAUCUCAUGAAAAACAGGCCAUUAAUUCUGAGAAGAUACAAAAUGAUUCAGAUGCUACAAAAGGACCUGGAUCUCAUGAAGAGCAAGGCAUUAAUUCUGAGAAGAAACAAAAUGAAUCAGAUGCUACAAAGGGACUUGGAUCUCAUGAAGAGCAGGCCAUUAAUUAUAAGAAGAAACAAAAUGAAUCAGAUGCUACAAAGGGAAUUGGAUCUUCCGAAGAACAGGGCAUUAAUUCUGAGAAGAAACAACAUGAAUCAGAUGCUACAAAAGGACCUGGAUCUCAUGAAGAGCAGGCCAUUAAUUCUGAGAAGAAACAAAAUGAAUCAGAUGCUACAAAAGGACCUGGAUCUCAUGAAAAACAGGCCAUUAAUUCUGAGAAGAAACAAAAUGAUUCAGAUGCUACAAAAGGACCUGGAUCUCAUGAAGAGCAGGGCAUUAAUUCUGAGAAGAAACAAAAUGAAUCAGAUGCUACAAAGGGACUUGGAUCUCAUGAAGAGCAGGCCAUUAAUUAUAAGAAGAAACAAAAUGAAUCAGAUGCUACAAAGGGAAUUGGAUCUUCCGAAGAACAGGACAUUAAUUCUGAGAAGAAACAACAUGAAUCAGAUGCUUCAAAGGGCCUUGGAUCUCAUGAAAAACAGGCCAUUAAUUCUGAGAAGAAACAAGAUGAUUCAGAUGCUACAAAGGGACUUGGAUCUUCUGAAGAACAGGGCAUUAAUUCUGAGAAGAAACAAAAUGAAUCAGAUGCUACAAAAGGACUUGGAUCUCAUGAAGAGCAGGGCAUUAAUUCUGAGAAGAAACAAAAUGAAUCAGAUGCUACAAAGGGACUUGGAUCUUCUGAUGAACAGGGCAUUAAUUCUGGGAAGAAACAAAAUGAUUCAGAUGCUACAAAGGGCCUUGGAUCUCAUGAAGAGCAGGGCAUUAAUUCUGGGAAGAAACAAAAUGAAUCAGAUGCUACAAAAGGACCUGGAUCUCAUGAAAAACAGGCCAUUAAUUCUGAGAAGAAACAAAAUGAAUCAGAUGCUACAAAGGGACUUGGAUCUCAUGAAAAACAGACCAUUAAUUCUGAGAAGAAACAAAAUGAAUUAGAUGCUACAAAGGGACUUGGAUCUUCUGAAGAACAGGGCAUUAAUUCUGAGAAGAAACAAAAUGAUUCAGAUGCUACAAAGGGACUUGGAUCUCAUGAAAAACAGGCCAUUAAUUCUGAGAAGAAGAAAAAUGCUGAAUCAGAUGCUGCAAAGGGUACUAAAAAUGAUAGAGAUCAAAGUGUUGUAUUUGUAUUAAAAAAAAGCCCUGGAUUUAACAGAGAAAAAUUGACUAUUUCUGAGGAGAAACAAAAUUCUGAUUUAAAUGCAACAAAAGUCUCUGGAUCUAAUGAAGAGCUAGAAACUAAUUCUGGGAAGAAACAUAAUGCUGAAUCAGUUGAUGUAAAAGGCUUUGAAUCUAAUGAUCAAGGAACUAAUUUAGAGAAUAAACAAAAUGCUGAAUCAGAUGCUCUAAAAAGCCUUGGCUCUAAUGAACAGGACAUUAAUUCUGAGGAAAAACAAAAUAUUAAAUCAACAAAAGGCCCAGAACCUAACAGAG